AUGUUAAAGAAAACCAGAGAUCUGCUGGCGGGCUUAGAAGCAGAAACUGGCGUCAAUCCCGGAUGGACACAGUCAGGAGGAAUUUUUAUUGCUAGGACUCCUGAGAGGUUGGAGGAAUAUAAACGUUUUCAUACACUUGGACAUUUAUUAAAUAUAGAAAGUCAUAUAAUAUCUCCAACUGAGGCAAACAAACUGGCAUCAAUUCUGGACCCAAAAGCGUUCUACGGAGCACUCUGGUCCCCCAGUGAUGGACAUUGCGAUCCUUCGAUGUAUUGUGCGGCAUUAAUCAAAGGAGCAAAAAAUCGGGGAGCUCAGGUAUUUGAAGAUACCGCAGUUACAAAAGUAUUGACCGUGCCAACACCAAACAAUGAAAAAAAAGUAACCGGAGUAGAAACAUCAAAAGGUGUAAUAAAAACAAAUAUUAUGGUCAAUGCAGCUGGGGCUUGGGCUCGACAUAUAACUCAAAUGGUCGAUUUGGACCUUCCCUUAACUCCGAUGAAGCAUGCUUACGUAAUUACAGGAUCCAUUCCCUCAGCCAAAGGUACACCCAGUAUUAGAGAUCACGAUGGUUGUCUUUACUUUAAAUCGCAAGGAGAUUCGAUUGUCUUUGGAGGUUAUGAACCAAAUCCGGAAAUUCUUCAAGAGCUACCAGACGAUAAAUUUCAUCUUUACGAGUUGGACAUGAGCCUUUUUGAUCAACACUGGAAACAUGCUUGUGAACUUUGCCCAGAAUUUGAGAAAGCUGGUAUAAAAUCCGACAUUUGUGGUCCAGAAUCAUUUACACCCGAUCACAAACCAAUAUUGGGAGAAGAUCCAAAAUGUGUAGGUUUGUUCCAUGCAAACGCUUUUAAUUCACUUGGAAUAAUGCUUAGUGGAGGUGUUGGAGAUCAGAUGGCUAAUUGGAUAGUCUCUGGCCGGCCCAAUUUGCCUCUCUAUGCUUACGACAUCAGAAGAUUCACGCCGGUACAAAGACAAGAUCGUGCUUGGGUCUUGGAACGUACUCAUGAAGGAUACGCAAAAACAUAUAGUAUAACUUAUCCCCAAGACCAACCGUUCGCGGGAAGAAAUCAUAGGACUGACCAAUUUCAUGAGGCUCUUGUAGCAAGUGGGGCUGUCAUGGAAGAAGCUUUAGGUUGGGAAAGACCGUCUUAUUUUGUAAAAGAUCGUACUGCUCCUGUUAAACCUUAUGAUUGGUAUGGCUAUUACGAUCAUGUCCUUAAUACUGACACGCGCUAUAAAAAAGAGUUGGAGAGUGAACUUACAUAUGGAUUUUCUAGAAGCCACGAUCUAGUUAAAGAAGAGGCUUUGGCUGCGAGAAAUAACGUAGCUAUGUUUGACCUCACUUGCUAUGCUAAAAUGUAUCUAGCGGGACCAGACGCAGAGGAAGCAGCUGAUUGGUUGUUUACUGCCAAUGUAGAUAGGGCACCAGGAAGUAUUAUUUAUACAUGUUCCUUAAAUUCAAGAGGUUAUGUUGAAUCAGAUGUGACUGUAAUUCCACUUGAAGAAGGCGCUGGAACUUUAGUCGGCCCAAUUUUGAAAGGAAAAGGAUAUUAUAUUGUAGCAGGUGCGAAAUCUGGAUAUCAAACUAAAGCUCAUUUUAGAAAGCAACUCUAUAAGAAGAACUUUAAGAGUCUGGUAACUGAAAUGACAAAUAGGAUAGGAAUUCUCUCUAUACAAGGACCAAAAAGUGGCGAAUUACUUCAAUCGAUAACUGAAUUCCCUAUAACUAACGAAAAGCUUCCAUAUGGAAUGUCUAAAAUUUUUAAAAUCAAUGGACAUACCUGUAGAGUCCUAAGGAUAAGUUAUAUUGGAGAAUUAGGUUACGAAAUCCACAUUCCACUUGCUUCCUGCUACCAUCUUCUUAACCACGAUCUAAGGCUAGACGAUAAUCCAAUAGAAGCUGGUUUGGGAGCUUUUUGCAGAAAAGAUGGACAAUACUUAGGAAAGCAGGCGGUAGAAAAAUUCAAACAAGGUGUUACAAAGCGAAGAGUAUUCUUUACGUUACAAGAACCAGUAGCUAUUUAUGGCAAUGAAACUAUUUGGAGGGAUGACGUCAUCGUAGGAAUAUUAAGGAGAGGAGAUUAUGGAUUCAGCCUCGACAGCACGAUUGGUACAGGGUAUGUUGAACAUCCAAAGGGAAAAGUAAUUGACAAUGAAUUCCUUAAGAACGGUACCUAUCACAUUGAAGUCAGGAAUAAAAAGUAUCCUGCUUCACUAUAUUUGAGAAGCCCAUUUGAUCCAAAGAAUUUAAGAUUAAAGGGCAUAUAUGACAACCAAUUGGAGGAGCAAAGCCAUUUUGAAGACUGA